AUGGACGCCCAUGCCGUGACUCUUGACAACAUCGAUGCGGCGCUUAGAGCGAAUCAGCAGCUUCAAGCUGAGUUGCGACAGAAAUGCAGACGAUUGUAUGAAGCACAGGUUUACCUCUCCGCCCUUCGCAUAGCGCUGUGUAGGCCGCAGUACACCACCAAGGCGCGGCGGCGUCUCGCCUACAAGCGCGACCGCACCAAGGCCUCCCUAUCCGUGUACUCUCAGGGCAGCUCCAAGGCCAGCGCUUUGGGUAUUUCUCCGUUUCGUGAUGCCGGCAUAUACGCAGAGGGCGGCAUCCCGCGCUACGCGCAACUUCCCCUCACCGCAGAGGAGACACGGUGGCGGGAGGCGACCCUUGUAUUCCCUCAAUUGCAGCACGGCAUGCGCACUGUGGCGGCACGUGAUGACGUGGAAGAGACGCCACGCGCACGUGAAUGGACCAAGGCGGAGGAUGAAGCGCUCGUCCAUGCAGUUUGCUCAUAUGCUGGGAAGCCGUGCGGCGCGUCCUUCUGGAAGGCGUUAGCAGCACCUGAAAGAUCGCGCUUCGACGUUGCCAGCAGAUAUAUUGCUCUGCAGCAGAGAAAGGGUGUGCGCCUUGUAACCUUGGAAGAUUCUGUGCAGCCGAUAACCGAUGAGGAAAAGCUAGUAGCAGCGCAAGAAGCCGUGCGGUACCAUUCAGGUGAUUUAGGGGCAAUGUUCGCCGCCUACGUACACUACCUCGCGACAGCUGCGCGCCGUCAUGCAUACCUGGCGGAAUUGUGUGGCUCUUCCACUGCUUUGUUUCCCCCGUACGUCUGGGAAAGUCGUAUUGGGUUCCAGCGCACGGUGGCACCCAUCAUACGGCAAGCAGAUAUGUCAGCAGUGAGUCCGGAGGCGCCCCAGUGGGACGAGUUGCUACUGUCGCAGCGUUGCCAGCAGAGAGCGGAGUUGCGGCCGUCACUGGUAGACCUCACGGCCUGCCUGCUAGCUCUGAAAGGCGCUGCCCUUGGAGACAAGUGCGGGUUGCCGGAGAUUACACAGGCCUUCCUUUCCAACUACGGCAACAUUGUGGUGACGCUGCAGGAUUUAACGGAGCUAAAGGUCGGAUCAGAUUGA